AGCAGCAGCCAUGGCCUUGCGCUACCCCAUGGCCGCGGGCCUCAAUAAGGGUCACAAGGUGACCAAGAACGUGAGCAAGCGGAGGCACAGCCACCGCCGCGGUCGCCUGACCAAGCACACCAAGUUUGUGCGGGACAUGAUCCGGGAGGUGGACGGCUUCGCCCCCUACGAGCGGCAUGCCAUGGAGCUGCUCAAGGUCUCCAAGGACAAGCGGGAGUUCAAGUUCAUCAAGAAACGGAUGGGGAGCCGGGCUCGAUGGCUCACCCUGCAUAUCCUCACCAAGAGGAAGCGCGAGGACCUGAGCAACGUGCUGGCCGCCACGAGGAAGGCGGCGGCCAAGAAGGACUGA